GCAAAUCCACUCCCAUCUGACUAUUACCCAUCCCAAACAUAGCUUUAUCCCCAGGAGCACAUCAUCCAGUCCAUUUUAAUUGUUUGACAAAUCUAGAAGGACGGGCAGAAUUGUAACAUCAGACUUGCUACCCUGGCACUCAGUCUGUUUGCAACCUCCAGGGAGCUGUGUGUGUCUGGGAGUGGCAGACUCCUGCUAGGCUUUUUGUGGGCAAUUAGGCUUUGAUGUCUGGCCAGCUGGUAGUCCCAAAGGGCUGAACAGAGCAGCCAACCAGUGAAACACAUGUCUCAUUUAAAGCUUUUUCAGAAAAAACUUCCUGAAGUGACCUGCUUUAAUCUGUCUUGGAGAUGAGGUUGUCGCCAGCCACUAGAAUAAAUCAGGGUGUGGGGUGUGGUCAAAUAGGGCCCACAGUGCUUUACUAUGUAUCCCAGAGCCACCCUGUUUUUAGUAGGGCAAUGAUCCUGUCCCUGCUGCCACUCAGCUCAAUGUACAGUGCUUCAUCUUUGGCCUGCAACUUCCACCAAGGUGUAUCUCUAAUGGAGGAGGGCAUCUGCCAUCUAGUUAUGCAAACCAAGCGUGGAAUCUGGGCUCCUAGCACUGACCUGUGAGUCAACUUUUGGAAACCCCUCUUCAUAGAAUAUCAGGGUUGGAAGGCACCUCCAACCCCCUGCUCAAAGCAGGACCAAUCCCCAUUUUUUUGCCCUAGAUCCCUAAGUGGCCCUCCUUAAGUACUUAGGAGUUCUGAUAUUUCCCCCUGUUCUGUGCUGCAGGUCAAAGUUGCAGAGGAGCUGGCAGCUGCUACAGCACAGGUCUCCCGUCUGCAGUUGGAGCUGACUGCUCACCAGAAGAAGGAGAUGGACCUGCACACACAGCUGACCACAGCCCUGCAGGAGGCAGAGAUGAAUGAGGCACAGCUCAACAAACUGCAAGCACAGCUAGCCGAGCUCCAAGAAUCCUCAGAAGACACGCAAGCUAAAUUCAGAGCUGAGAAGCAGAGCCGCAGGCAACUGGACCUGAAGGUCACGGCGAUGGUAGAAGAGCUAGCAGACCUGAAAGUAGAGAAAGAGAACCUGGAAAAGAACCUUGUUGAGAGGAAGAAGAAAUCCCUCUUGGAGAGAAGCCAGGCUGAGGAAGAGAUGGAUGAGAUUCGCAGGUCCUACCAGGAAGAACUGGACAAGCUUCGACAGCUCCUGAAAAAGGCACGGACUUCAACUGAUCAAGCAGCAGCAGAGCAGCAGUCGCUCAUCCAGGCAGAGCUGGAAUCCCAGUGGGAAGCAAAAUGUGAGCGCAUGCUGGUCUCUGUCAAGGAGCAGCACUUACAGCAGUAUCAGGAGGUGUGUGAGCAGAGAGACUCUCAACAGAAGCACAUCACCCAGCUGGAAGAGAAG